AUGGGGCUGAGCCUAUCAACUGCGGCCGGCACGCCCCGCUUCAAUCUUUCCCCGUCAGGGCUGUACAACCUCGUCGUUUCGAGACUCGGCUUCUCCCUCGCCAAUCGCCCGGACAGCAAUAGCAACAACAACAAUGACAAUGAUAAUACUAAUGACGGCACCGAUGCCGAUGCCGAUGCCGAUGCGCAACGCACAGAGGAGACCCCACACAGUCCAACGUACCUCGCGGUCCCUACGAGUCCGACUAGCCCCACGGAACUUCCGAGUCCCACAAGUCCUACGAGUCCCGCCGGCGCCGCGGACGACUUCGCAUACGACACGACGGAAUGGACGCCGCUCGACGAUGAGCUCCUGGAGGCUGCUGUUCACACGCCGGGCGAUGUUCCCGGGCUCAUAGAAAAGGGGGCCAACGUGGCCGUCACGUCGACUUCCGGACAUUCAUUUCUCCACAUCUUGAUUAACAAGGGCCUCGAGAACAGGAACACGGCCACCGUCGUUCGCGUGCUCCCUGGUGUCCUAGACCACAUGGACAAAAUUCACAUCGACGGCAAACCCAAACUUAUCGAUGCCCUCAACAAGAAACAGAUGACCCCGGUCAUCUGCGCUAUCUUCGCAGACCCCCAAGAUGAGUUCCUCGUGCCUCGGUACGAAAUCAUAGAGCUCCUGCUCCAGCACCACGCCGAGAUCAACAUCAAGGAUAAGGAUGGCUGCACCGCGCUGGACUGGGCAUCGCGUCGCGGAUACAGCCGCAUCGCUGAACUCCUUCUCCAGAACGGCGCGGAUCCCAAUGUCCAGGACAAGUCGGACUGGUCGCCGCUGCAGACAGCGUCAAGAUAUGGCCACUAUGAGGUCGCCAAGCUUCUGCUCGCGCAAGGUGCCCGUGUCAAUGUGCCUGACGAUACCGGCUGGACCGCCAUCAAGAUGGCGGCGCGCUAUGGUUGGGACAGCAUUGUCGACAUGCUGCUCCUCGUAGAUGAUGUCGAGGUUGACUACGUCGACAACGAUGGAUGGACGCCGCUUGAGGAGGCGGUCUACGGCCGCCACGAAUACAUUGUUUCCACUCUGCUUGAGCAUGGCGCCAACGCAAACAAGGCCGAUAAGGAAGGGAGUACCAUACUUAACGGCUCCUGCCGUGGAGGAUACGAGGAGAUUGUGCGGUUACUGCUCGCUCACGGCGCUGAUCCUAACAUAAGUGAAAAGGAUGGCUGGACGCCGCUGAUGGCGGCCUGCCGCAACGAUUACAAAAACAUCGCCGAGAUGCUCUUAAAUAAAGGUGCUAAAAUUGACGCGGUCGAUAAAGACGGUUGGCCCGCGCUCGAGGUCGCCUCCCGCUACGGACAUACGGAAGUCGCCCUCCUCCUCCUGAAUAGGGGUGCUAGCGUCUCCUUGGUAGACUCAGAAGGCUGGUCGACGCUCGAGGUCGCGGCGCGGUACGGCUUCGACGAAAUCCAAGUGGGGUGCGAAGCCAUUGUCGAGAUGCUGAUCAAGGCCGGCGCCGACAUCAACGCCGUCAACGCCACCGCGCUCGGCUCCAUCCACUCGGCCGCCUACAACGGCCACAGGACCAUUGCCGAGAUCCUGCUCAAGGCCGGCGCCGACAUGACCAAGGGCGAUGACGAUGGCGAAACCCCCAUCCACCUGGCCAGUCGGCAGGGUUACGCGUCCAUCGUCGACCUGCUGCUGCGACACCGCCGCCCCAACGGCGUCAACGCCCUCGACAACGAUGACGAGACGGCGCUGCACGUCACCUCGCGCUCCGACGAUAGCUACGUCGACCUUCUCAUCAACGAUGCCGCGCGCGACGAGGACGUCGACCGCUUCUGCGCCACCAAGACUGGGGACGACGCGCCUGGCCAGUUCCUGCGCGUGAUGAAGCUCCUGCUCCAGCAUGGCGCGGACCCUAACCUCGUGACGGGCAAAAACCAAACAGCAUUGCACAUGGCGGCCAUGAGCAACGACGCUGAUCGUACGCGCUUGAUCCUAAGCAAGAUGAAUAAGGAUGCGGUCGGCAUCCGCAACAUUGAUGGGAGAACGGCCAUGGGUAUAGCCAGCUUCUCCAGGUUCGCCGACUCCCUCCGCGAGCUGCUCCUUCAUCUUAGGGCGGUGGACUGGGGUAUUGCCGAUGUCGAAAGGGAGACCCUAUUGUGGCUGGCCGAGAGCUCGACCACGCAUGAUAUCAUCGCCUUGAUUCUUCUCUAUAGCAAGCGCCAGCCGGUCAAGGGCCUGCCCGUUGACAAGAGCUGGGAUGCCCUUACGUUGGCGGCGUACUACGGCGAGUACGAACUGGUCAAGUAUAUCCUGCAGAGCGCGGCACCGCACCCGGGCGAUAACAAGAGGAGGAAGACGGUGGAGAACCUGGUCCGUCGCGUCAUCAGGCUCUACGACAACAACGACAAUGCCCAGAUGAAGAAGAACGUGGAGGAGCGCCACGGCUCCCUGCGCGCAGUGCCCCACAUCAAGGGCCUCGAGGCGGGCUCGAUGACGGAGAAGGCGGGCGCGGCCCCGAGCUACCAAUCCGAGCGCCUAUCGCACCAGGAGGCAGACGAGGGCAGGGCCGAUGUCGCGAGCGCGCACUCGGCGCCGCGGUCGCUGCACGACGCCGCGGAAGAUGAGGACAAGGACAACAACGCAGCGCUGACGAGGGAGGACUCGGUGGGUGCCAAGGCGGAUAGCAAGACCAAGGGAGGUAAGCCCAAGGUCAGCACUGCGCGGCCGCGCGAGGACUACGAAUCGGUUCUCGACAUCCUCCUCGACCCGCCCAUCGUCAAGACGUCCGGAGCGAGGGUGCCGUACGCGCUCCCCGAGACCAAAGACGGGCGGUCGGGUUUCCUGCGGCGCUUCCGCGACGUCAAGGACGUCAUCUACGAGGACGGGCCCAAGGAGAUCAUGAACAAGGCGCGCAGGACGAUGCAGACGGCGGGCGAGACGUACGAGGAGGGCGACCUGACGCUGCGGUGGAUCCACCUUCCGGCGAAUAACUUGCAGUGGAUGAACGAUCUCGCGCUGCGCAUGUUUUUCGACGACGGCGAGUCCCAGGAGGCGUACGAGGAUUUGCGGGCGCUGCUGCGGGGUAGCUGGCACGAGGUGCCCGAUGCGUCGUUCGACUCCAAGUUUAUGAAGCCGAGCUGCUCGAUGCGUCUGGGGGCCAAGUGGAAGAAUAAGGCCAAGUCGCUGACGAGCCACGCUGCGCCGGCGGCCGCGGAGAAGCCGAAGAAUGAGGCGGGUUACCUUCCGGAGGCUGUCGCGUUCGACGGGCUGAGUGGCGAGAGCCCCUACGUGGACGAGGGCGCGGAGAGGACCAAGAGGGCGGCGGAGGCGGCGAGGAAGGCGGCAGAGGAGGCAGCGGCGGAGGCGCAUAGGGUGGCGGCCGAAGCGGCGGAGAAGAGGAAGCAGGCCGAGGAUAAUAAGAGCCAAAUCGCCCUUUAUGUAGGUCUCGCCCUGGAACCGAUUUUGGCUGAUGCCCUACAUCACGUUUUCUCUCAACAGGAGCACGAGGCCGACGAGCGCCCCGAGUACCACCAGCUCCUCCGGAGCUAUGAGGAGGCCAAUGUGGUCAUCCACGGUUCUAGGACGUUGGAUGAAUUCUACUACCACUUUGAGAGAGAUGAGAAGUCGGAAGCGGAGAGGCAGCGCCGUAACAAGGAUCAGGUCGUCACGGCCGAGCUGAACGAUGGUGUUGCCGCGGGUGCAAGUAAAUCGUGGACGAUUCUCCGGGUGGACCAGCUGUGGCUCUGGGUCCUCAACGAGAAAUACAUCAUCACCUCGUCGACGCACCGCAUGGACGAGGCCGACGACAUUGUGCCGAGUACCGUUCUCAAUUACCUUAGCAAGGAUCCCGGGAGCGAAAGGGCGCGACCACAGCCCGACUCGGCGGUGGCGAUGAGCAAGUUCGUCGUGGACUUUUGCAUCGGCUUCUUCGGUCACUUACAGGCGGAUGCUGGUCCGAUGAUUAAGAAGCCGGAGGGACGACGAUCGACGCGCCAGAUAUUUUCCGAUGCCAUCAACCGAGCUUCCAUCAAAGAAGCGGAGCUGUUCCGUCAAUUCACCGAACGAAGCGGCAGGAACAAAUCGGAUCCGAAGCGACUCAAAUCUAUCCGGGAAGCGGCCGAUUUACUCCGCAACGUCAAGGACAUUCGUGACGAGCUCAACAUCCUCCGUCUAAUUGUCAGCCACCAAAAGAUGGUGCAGGAGUCUCUGCCGCUGCCGGUGGGCGCGACGCAUAAUGAUCGGCAUGCAAGAUCGGUGGUGGUGGAUAUCGAGGAGUUGGAUAAAAUGGCGAAGAAGAUUGAGGGCGCGGUAAAUGCCACCCUCAGUCUUGAACAAAGUGCUAUUGCUAUUGCACAAUCAGAUGAGACAGUCCAACAAGGACAGACACUGAUGACUUUCACCAUCAUCACCAUUCUUUUCCUCCCGAUAUCUUUCCUUACCUCCCUCUUCGCCCUCAACAUCGAAUCGUUCCAGCGACGCGAAUCAGACGGCGAUCUAAGCUACACGUCAGGCUGGAUCUUCCCCAAGCUCUUCGGAAUAUCGUUCGCCGUCUGGGUUCCCACGAUAUUAUGGGCCUUUUACCUGAAUGACGUCCGGAAACUCGUAGCCGGCCUACGGCGGCGGUUCAAGAGCGAGCCCGACAACAAGCCAGCGCCGACGCCGGGGUCGAGCCAGGGUAAAGGCCUCAAAGAUAAAGCUACGCUUGACGGCGGUGCCUCUGUACCGAUGCAGAAAGACGGGCGGCGCAAAAGGUGCACUCCCAUAGCGCGUGCCGCAACGCCACCCAUUCAGAGCUCAGAUCAUCUAUCACCAACAGCAUCAGUCCAUGGCGUUGAGGAAGCCUCCAGGGUUUCUGCACAAGAAUCUAGCGGAGAUCACCAGGACGGCAAGAGCAACAGCAACGACAAUGAUACUGAUGACCAUGCCGAUGCGCAACACGUAGAUGAGAACCCAGACCGAGCAUCCAUCGAAGACCCGGCAGGCCCUACAAGUCCCACUGACGCCAUGGCGGACCACAUACUUCCCGACGGAGACGGGGAUAAUUCUGCGCUGUCCGACGAAGGCGAUGAUGAUCUACUGCUGUCCCAAGAAGACGAGGAGCUCCUGCACGCUGCCGCUAACGAUCCGGGCAAAAUCCCUGAACUCCUAAAAAACAGGGUUGAUAUUGCUGUCAUAUCGCCUUAUGGGGAAUCGUUACUACAUAUCUUGAUCGAGGAGGGUUUCGAGAACGGAAAUAUCGCCACUGUUGUUCGGGUACUGCCAGAUAUCCUAUCCUCUAUCAAGCCGGGCCAUAUCGACGCCCAAAAUGGAGAAAAUAUGACUGCUCUUAUCUACGCCAUCUGCAAAAACCCCCUUGACGAGGUUCUCACCCAUCAGUAUGACAUCAUCGAGUUGCUUUUGGUGAAAGGAAAGGCCCGUACCGACAUGAUGGAUGAGGACGGCUGCACCGCGCUAGACUGGGCAGCACGACGCGGAUAUGCCAGUAUCGCUAAGCUUCUUCUUGAUAACGAAGCGGAUGCCAAUGUCCAAGAUUAUAUCAACUGGACCCCACUUCACACUGCAGCAAGAUUUGGCCACCAUAAAGUGGUUGAGCUCCUUCUCGGUAGAAAUGGAGGUGCCAGUGUCCAAGAUGAUAUCAACUGGACCCCACUUCACACUGCCGCAAGGCAUGGUCACCAUGAGGUGGUUAAGCUCCUUCUCGAUAAAAAUGUGGAUAUAAAUGCCCGAACUAACAAUGGCUGGACCGCACUUAAAAUUGCAACAAAGUAUGGCCACUCUAAGGUGGUUAAACUCUUGCUUGAUGUCAAGGGUGUCCAGGUUGACUUGUCGGAUAAUGACCAGCGUACCCCACUUAUGGAUGCUGUCUAUAGAGAGCAUAAGGAGAUCACCUCUAUGCUGCUCUCUCAUAGUGCAGACGCGAAUAAAGUUGACGCUGACAACUAUACAAUGCUUAACGGCUGCUGUAGUGAGGGGUAUGAGGAGAUUGUAAAGUUGUUGCUUGCGAAUAAGGCGGACGUGAACAAAGGGGAUAAAGAUGGCUGGACCCCGCUCAUGUCAGCUAGCCGUAAAGGCCAUGCUAAAAUUGUCAAAAUUCUACUAAAAGAGGAUGCACAAGUCAAAGCGGCCGAUAACAACAACUGUACUCCACUCUCAGAGGCCAGCUGCGAAGGUCAUAAAGAUAUUGUCGGGAUUCUACUCCGGGCCAGGGCCGAUCCCAACACCGGCGGGCCCAUCCAUAAGGCCGCCGCCAACGGCCACACGGCCAUCGUUGAGAUACUGCUUGAGUGGAAAGCGGAUAUAACCAAGGGCAACAAGGAUAAUGAGACCCCCUCCAUCUCGCCAGUCCCUAUUAGCAGAGCCGCGCCCUCCGCGGACGAUGAUGCGCCUGGCCAAGCCUCGCUCGUCAUGAGGCGUUUGCUCGCGUACAACGCUGAAUAUCGUCUCGUCACCCGAGAGGGCCAGACAGUGUUCCACAGACUAGCGCUAAGCGACAAUGCCGAACUCAUACGCCUUGUCCCAUCCAAGAAACCGCUAGCUACGACUAUAACUUAUCUCUGUACUGAUCCGGAGAGUUUAGAAUUGCGUAUGGCCAGUACCCGCGAUCUUACGGGGAGGACGGCCAUGGGCCUCGCUAGUAAAGAUGAAUGUGCUAACUCCCUGCGCGAGCUCCUCUUAUACUUUAAAAUGGUAGAUUGGGGUGCGUAUGACGUCGAAGAAGAAACGCUCUUGUGGCUAGCUAGGAACCCAGAUACACAUGAUAUCGUUGCCCUGAUCCUACGCUAUGCGCAGCGUGCACCGGUCAAUGGUGAAGCUGUCCAGCCAGAAUGGGACGCUCUUACGUUAGCGGCGUACUAUGGCGAGUGGAAGCUACUCGAAUGCAUCGCCGGGGCACUGGUGCGUCGCAUCGUGAAGGCCGCCAGCAAAGAAGAUACUCAGAAGAAGAAGAGCACGGAGGGGUAUCGCAACCCCUCACCGGAGGCAUCAGGAAUCAAAGACGGGUCUGAUACCGCGGGCGCGUCCUCAGGGCCCAUAUCGAAAUGCACCGUCGACGAGGAGGAGGACGAGAGCAACUCAGACGCAGAAGAAGAUGACUUAGUAGGCACCAAGGCGAAGAGGAAGACCAAGAAGGACAACUUGGCCCGAUCAGUUAAGGAUCAUCGUCGUGUGCUUGACAUCAUCCUCAACCCUCCUAUCGUGGAGACAUCGUUAAUGCAGCUAGAGUACGCUAAGCCCGAAACCCAGCUUGAGUUCCCCUCCUUCUAUGCAAGCAUCAUCGACUUUUACGCUCAGGAUGGCUUGGCUUUCCUGCGGCGCCUCCGCGAUGUCAACCAGGUCAUUUACGGUAACGGGCCCAAGAAAAUUAUGGAAUUGGCCCGCAAGGGUAUCAAGGAUAAAACAGGUCCAACACAAACCGCAGACAAGAAGAACCUAGAGAAAGACUUCACCCUCCGGUGGAUUCAUCUUCCAGCCAACAAUCUCCAGUGGAUGGAAGACCUCGCCUUACGUAUGUUCAUAGAUGAUGGCGAGCCAAAGGACGCCUACGAGGAGCUAUAUAAUCUACUCCACGGCAGCUGGCAUGAGGUUCCCCACGCAUCCUUCGAGUCUAAGUUUAUGAAGCCAGCCUGCUCAACGAACCUUGGACCCAGAUGGGGGAACAAGGGUAAGCCCAAGAACGAGGCUACCAAAUCCAGCCCGAUCGAGGAGGCGGGCGAAAACGGGAAAAACAUAACAACGGCCAAAGAUGAGGCCGCAACCGAAGCAGAAAAGAAGAAGAAGGCUGAGGCAGAGAAGAAGAAGAAGGCCGAGGAAAAUAAGUGCCAAAUCGCUCUAUAUGUAGUCCAAAAGGAGAGGGAGCUCCGUAACAAGGACCAGGUAGUCACGGUAGAGCUAAACAAUGGAACCGCUCUGAAAGAAGAGAGCAAUUCGUGGACGAUUCUGCGAGUGGAUCAGCUUUGGCUUUGGGUCCUUAACGAGAAAUACAUCAUCACCUCGUCGACACACCGCAUGGACGAUGCCGAUGAUAUCGUGCCAAGCGCUAUCAUCAGCUACCUCACUAACAACUCCCGGAGCAAGACCCAACCCAACUCGGCGGUGGCUCUAACCAAGCUCAUCGUGGACUUUUGUAUCGGUUUCUUCAACCACUUGCAGGCGGAUACCGACACAAAAACGGAGGCUGGUCGCUUGGUUCAGAAGUCGAAAGGCCGACGAUCUACACAACAAAUCUUUUCCGACGCUAUCAACCGAGCGUCUAUCAAAGAAGCGGAAUUGUUCCGCAACUUUGUUAACCGACACGACAGAAAUAAGGCGCGUGACAAAGACCAAGCGAGCAAUAAGGGCCAGGCAGGCGACAAGGACCAGAGGGGAGACGAGAACGAGUCAAAAGAUAAGCGGCUCAAGUCUAUUGAAGAGGCGGCUCGUCUACUCCGCGAUGUUAAGGAUAUCCGCGACGAACUCAAUAUUCUCCGACUAAUUGCCAGCUACCAGAUGACAGUUCAGGACUCCCUGCCGACCUCAGCGGGUACCACGCAUAUUGAUCGGGAUGCUAGAUCGAUCGCGGCGAGUAUUGAAGAGCUGGACAAACUAGCGAAGAAGAUUGAGGGCGCGGUGAAUGCCACCUUGAGUGUUGAACAGAGUGCUGUUGCUAUUGAGCAGUCUAAGGAGACGGUCCAGCAGGGACGGACGCUCAUGACCUUCACUAUCGUUACCAUUCUUUUUCUUCCAAUAUCUUUCCUCACCUCUCUCUUCUCCCUCAAUAUCAGCUUGUUCCAGCAGGGUGCGGGUGGUGAUUUAAGCUACACACCAGGCUGGAUUUUCCCUAGGCUUAUCGGACUAUCCUUAGCUGUCUGGGUUCCUACACUCUUGUGGGCCUUCCCAGCAAAACUCCCCAAGAAACGAAUUCGGGAGCUCUUAGCCGACCUAAGCCCAUCGCCUAGUACCGAGUCGGAUGCCAAGUCGGCCGUGAAGAGGGACUGGUUCGAGGAGAUCUGGAGGAAAUGA